AUUCCCUCUUCACACACUCUCCUAUUCACAGGCGACUUUUCUAUUACCGUACCUACUGCAAUGGCUACUGCUGAGCAACUUCAAGCACAGUUGGCUGCCCGCAGGGCUCGUCAACCUACCUGGAUGACAGAGGAAGGACGAUAACCUGUCCGACAAGAGCUACGACCCGAAACACGGCUCCAUGCCUGUUCUUUUCGUUCGCAUUCUCGUCAAUAUGAUACUAGGUGGGCGUGCCAGUGGCGAGACUUCCACCCAGUCGGUCCCGAUGGCGCACUUCCGCAUCCUCUUGGUGCUCGAUGACAGCUCGAACAGCCCGUUGUCCAUCGGGCUCAACUCCGUUGGCCUCGUGACCACGACUGGUCUGACCAGAAUGCAUGUCAUUUCGCGCAACUGGACGCAUUCGGCUGGUACCACUCGGGUCCUGGCCGAGCAAGAUGUCCACUUCAUCCCGGGGCAUGCACUGCCCACCGUCGAUACCGUUCUCAAUCUCCUUGUCGGCAACAAACGCCACCACUACAUGCUCCACGCUUCUGGUAGCGGCUGCCGCUACUGGACCAAGGUGGUUCUCCAGGACCUCAUACGUGCCGGGUACAUGGCUCCUGGGUCUGACAGCAUAGUCGCCACCAUCAAGGACGAAAUCGCCAAGGCGAACCCCCAGAUCCUGAUGUUAGCGGACGCUGAGGGGACAUUCUUCUAGGAGGAGCCAUCCCAUCACCAUGCUCC